GGUUUGAAAGGGUUAGAUUGCACUGUAUGUGCAUCCUAACUCUUCCAAUGAUUCGAACGUUCAAUUCUACGACAAGGCCUUAAAUCCUUAUUCUUUCCGUUGUAUUUUUUUCGAUUUGUCGUGACUCGUGAUUAAAAUUGACAAAAUUAACAAAAUUUCGAACAAUGAUCGAGGUGCAGUUUUCAAUGAAUUAAUUUUGAUAAUAUUUAAAACCGUAGGCUGGUUUAGUUCAACUUCUCAUUGCUGUAUCAAUUGAAAAGUUCGCGUGUUUUAAUUGCUUCCUAAAUCCAUGUAAUGGCGAACUGUUAUGUAGUAACUGCUCAUAAAGCUACAGCAGUCACAUCAUGUGUUACCGGAAAUUUCACUUCAGGGAAAGAUUUAAAUCUAAUCCUGGCUAAAAACAAUCGACUAGAGGUGCAUCUUGUUACACCCGAAGGAUUACGCGCUAUAAAAGAAAUCGGUAUCUAUGGAAAGAUAGCAGUUAUGAAAUUGUUUCGUCCGCCGAAUGCCACAAAAGAUUUACUCUUCUUAAUUACCAUGAGAUAUAACGCGAUGAUCCUGCAAUGUCAAGGAGAAGGUGAAAAUUUCGACAUCAUCACUAAAGCUCAUGGAAAUGUUGCAGAUCGAAUCGGUAAACCCUCGGAGAACGGUAUUAUAGCAAUUGUUGACCCUUUGGCCCGUGCUAUUGGGUUACGUUUGUACGACGGUUUAUUCAAAAUCAUACCUUUGGAUAAAGAUAACAGUGAAUUACGUGCCUGCAGUAUACGAAUGGAAGAAGUAGAAGUAUUUGACAUCGAAUUUCUGCACGGCUGUGCUAAUCCGACUAUUAUUCUAAUUCAUCAAGAUGUGAAUGGUCGUCACAUCAAAACUCACGAAAUUUCUUUAAGAGAUAAAGAAUUCACGAAAAAUCCGUGGAAACAGGAUAACAUAGAGAACGAAGCAUCUCUGAUUAUUCCUGUUCCCGAACCGAUUUGCGGUGCGGUUAUUGUUGGUCAAGAGUCCAUCCUUUAUCAUAACGGAACGACAUACGUAGCUGUAGCACCACCCGUAAUAAAGGAAAGUAAUGUUUGCUGUUACGCAAGAAUCGACGCCAAAGGCACCAGUUAUUUGUUAGGUGACAUGUCAGGUCAUUUAUUGAUGUUAUUAUUAAUCACGGAAGAAAACGCCGAUGGCACGAUUAAAGUUAAAAAACCCAAAGUCGAAGUUCUUGGUGAAAUUAGUAUACCGGAAUCUAUCACGUAUUUAGAUAAUAGCGUCUUAUUUAUUGGAUCACGAUUGGGAGAUUCGCAGCUGAUUAAAUUGAACAAAGUACCGGAUGAAUCUGGUUCCUAUGUAACAGUUAUGGAGACUUUUACUAAUUUAGGACCGAUUAUUGAUAUGAUCGUGGUAGAUUUAGAAAGACAAGGACAAGGACAGUUAAUCACUUGUUCAGGAGCAUAUAAAGAAGGUUCACUUCGAAUUAUUCGUAACGGUAUCGGUAUUCAAGAACACGCUUCGAUUGAUUUACCUGGUAUCAAAGGUAUUUGGGCGUUGAAUUUUGCUUCAGCUGAAGGCCUCAACGAUACAAUUGUUUUAUCUUUUGUCGGCCACACCAGAAUAUUAACCUUACACGGUGAAGAAGUGGAAGAAACCGAAAUAUCAGGCUUUCUUUCUGAUAAACAAACGUUCUACUGUGGCAAUGUGAGUCAAGAUUUGAUUAUACAAGUGACUUCAUUCAGUGCUAGAUUAAUUUCCACUCAGAAAAAACAACUACUGAGUGAAUGGAAGCCGGAAUCAGAUAAAACGAUUAGCGUUGUUGCUUGCAAUGGUGGCCAGAUUGUUUGCGCAGCUGGCAGCGAACUUUACUAUUUAGAAUUGAUUAUGGAGGAAAUUGUCAAGAAGAAGUCAAUUACAUUGGAACACGACGUUUCGUGUUUGGAUAUGUCACCGGUAUCGAAUGUCGAUUCGAAAGAAGAGAAAUCAGAAUUUGUCGCUGUCGGUUUAUGGACCGAUAUAAGCGCUCGUGUUUUAAAAUUACCGACUCUCGAAGAAUUAUGUCGGGAACAACUCGGUGGAGAAAUCAUCGCUAGAUCAAUUCUGAUGACAGUAUUCGAAGGAAUAACUUAUCUCUUGUGCGCUCUUGGAGACGGUUCCAUGUUUUACUUUAAUAUGGACCGAAACACCGGAAAACUAUCUGAUAGGAAGAAGGUUACUCUGGGAACACAGCCGAUAGUAUUGAGUACAUUCAGAUCGUUAUCAACAACAAACGUAUUCGCAUGCUCAGAUAGACCGACCGUUAUAUACUCAUCCAAUCAUAAAUUGGUGUUUUCCAACGUCAAUCUAAAACAAGUUAAUCACAUGUGCUCCUUGAACGCCGAAGCCUACCCAGAUAGUUUGGCGAUGGCUACAGAUAACACCGUCACCAUUGGUACUAUCGAUGAAAUACAAAAAUUACACAUCAGGACGAUCCCAUUGGGAGAAGCACCUCGUAGAAUCGCUUAUCAAGAAGCUUCCCAAACAUUCGGCGUAAUUACGAUGCGAGUUGAUCAGUUGGAUGGUGGAAAUACUUGUCCGUCCAGACCUAGUGCUAGUACUUUAGCUCAAAGUUCAUCCCAAUCCACAUUAAGCGCUAUGUCAUUAGUAAAUAAGAAUAACUGCACUAUUUAUCCUGAAAUGGGUACCGAAGUAGAAGUUCAUAAUUUAUUAAUAAUCGAUCAGAAUACAUUUGAAGUACUUCAUGCCCAUCAAUUACCAGCCAACGAAUACGCGUUGAGUUUAGAAUCAUGUAAAUUAGGCGAUGAUCCUAAUUACUAUUACGUUAUCGGUACCGCAUUUGUGAACCCCGAGGAAAGCGAGCCUAAAGUCGGACGUAUAAUCAUGUUCCAGUACGACGAAGGAAAAUUAACUCAGGUUGCCGAAAAAGAAGUCAAAGGGGCGUGUUAUUCCUUAGUCGAAUUCAACGGAAAACUCUUAGCUAGUAUCAACAGUACGGUCAGGUUGUUCGAAUGGACCGCUGAGAAAGAGCUACGCAUCGAAUGCAGCCAUUUCAACAACAUCAUAGCGUUGUAUAUUAAAACUAAAGGCGAUUUCGUACUCAUCGGUGACCUUAUGCGGUCCAUGACAUUGCUUCAAUAUAAAACAAUGGAAGGAAGUUUCGAAGAAAUUUCGAGAGAUUAUAAUCCUAACUGGAUGACAUCAGUUGAAAUAAUGGACGACGAUACGUUCCUAGGCACAGAAAACCACUUGAAUUUGUUCGUUUGUCAAAAAGAUAGCGCAGCAACAACAGACGAAGAAAGGCAACAGAUGCAAGAAAUCGGCCACUUCCAUUUAGGUGACAUGGUCAAUGUAUUCAGACAUGGUUCCUUAGUUAUGCAACACUCAGGCGAUGCAACUACUCCUACUCACGGAUGCAUAUUAUUUGGCACUGUGUGCGGAGCAAUAGGCCUUGUUUCGCAAGUUUCUCCAUCUUGGUUCGAUUUCUUACACGCUUUACAAGAUAAACUUAGCGACGUCAUUAAAGCUGUUGGCAAAAUCGAUCAUAAGUUUUGGCGCAGUUUCUACACCGACGUAAAAUGUGAACCCAGCGAAGGUUUCAUCGAUGGUGAUUUAAUUGAAAGUUUUCUCGAUUUAUCGCAAAAAGAUAUGGAGCAAGUAGUGGAAGCUAUGAAGGCAAGUCCUCAUCAAUUCCCCUCGGAUAAAGAUCAAGUCAAUGGUGGUGUUAAACAAGAAGUCACCGUCAAUGAUAUUAUUAAAUUAGUCGAGGAUCUCACCAGAAUACAUUAAAACAUCCUUUUUUAAAAUUUUCUAAUACCAUGUGAUGUAUAUUGAACUGUAAAUUUAACUAGUUAAUAAUAAUUUAUUUUUAAUAAAUGAUUUCCUUUUUUGUGUA